UACAGAUACACCAUUCAUUCCUAUUGUAGGGCAGUCAGCACUUGGGUAUUGUGCAGAUGCUUUUGACAACAUAAUGGCUUCCUACAUCACAUUGCUCCUAGCAAGUUUCUCUUGGAUGGUGAUGACUCGAUUCCUCAUAUUUGGCUCAUUGCAUACAACUGAAAACAUUGACAAUGGGUGCCCUUGCAACUGGAAGACAUUUCAGAAUCACUGUUACAAAGUAUUCCUAGAAAACAAAUCCUGGGAUGACGCUAAUGAGCAUUGCAAGUUUCAUGGCUCCCACCUUGCAGUGAUCAAUUCCAAGGCCGAAAAUGUAUGUUUUUUAGCUUAUUAUUAUCAGACAUUUAAUAAAAUUGAAAAUGUAUGUGAUUUUUAAUGCACAUUCUUUCUUAAACAGCAUGCAUUUGUAUUUCUAAAA